ACAUUGCCACGUAAUUUCAACCACCACCAUUUUCCGCUACCGGUUUGACACAUGUUGCAGCGAGAAAUUAGUCAAUAAUUCAGUCAGUUCUUUACAUAUUUCGACGAUUCAGUAUUGAAACUACUCUGUGACUUGACGUUUAUUAGAACGCCGAAAGAAUGGAUACGAAGUUUGGUGUAGUUACUCUGAUAUUGGGAUUGAUUUCGUACGUUCUCGGGGGAGAGUUGACAUUCGAGCUGCCAGACAACGCUAAACAAUGCUUUUACGAGCAUAUCGACAAAGGUGUCGAGUCAACACUGGAGUUCCAGGUGAUAACUGGAGGUCAGUAUGACGUGGACAUGGAACUGACCGCACCUAACAAACAGGUUCUCUACAAAGAUGUGAAGAAACAGUAUGACAGUUUUACCUGGACUCCUGACCAGAAGGGUAUCUACCAGUUCUGCUUCAGUAACGAGUUCUCUACAUUCUCCCACAAAGUGGUCUACUUUGACCUCCAGAUUGGGGAUGAGAAGCCUUUGUUUGAUGCAGACUCUGGUAGCAAGCACCACACUGCCAUGACACUGAUGGAAACCUCGUCUGUGAGCGUGCACGAAAACCUGAAGGUGAUCCUGGACUACCAAACACAUCACAGACUGCGGGAGGCACAGGGUCGCGUCUACGCGGAGGACUUAAACGAGAGAGUUUUCUAUUGGUCGAUAGGCGAGUCACUCAUUGUGCUGAUCAUUGGGAUUGGACAGGUUCUUGUGUUGAGGAGUUUCUUCACAGACGCACGACACACCUCUAAGCCGUGAGAACUGUGUGACUAGGCCGUGAGAACUGUGUGACUAGGAUGUGAGACUUGUGUUAAGAGAACAUCAGAACUGUAUUAUGAGGAGAAAUGUGUGAUGAGGCCCAAAGGAACUGUGACUUCUAUCAAUUUCUUUAGGCACUUUAACUCGCGAUCGUCUUUUGGCACUUACUCAGUGAAUGUUUAACAGAAUACCAAGUGAUUACUGUCUUGUUGAGUCACCCCAGCUGGGAAACACAUAUAAACAGCCUACACUUUACAACAACCUUAUAUCAAUUAAAUUCCAGCCUAACAGUAAUGUAUGAAAACUGCUAUUCAGUGUCAGUUUAACUCAUUCACCCCUGAAUACACAUUUGAACUCUUCCAAUUCCAAACUUGGAAUAGUUAAUUAUGAAAUUUCAGGGGUGAAGGAGUUUAACAACAUUAUCAGUGGGACCUUGUAGCUGUAGGACUGAACAAUCACAAAUCAUGGCAUUCACCUUUGAUUUUCAAUUGAUCUGAUCAUCAGUUAUGUGAACUUUGACCCCUUCAUGAGUAAUUGCUAAAUAGCGAGUUAAGACAGGUAGGAUAGAAAGUAGGCGUGAUGGCAAUAUCACCUCAGUGACAUAUAGCAUUAUAAGGACCUUCCUGGACACUCCAACAUAAACAAUACUCUAGUGGAACCUUAUUGAAUCUGUUUGUCUAGAUAUGUGUCCAGUUGAAUGAGGUUCUUCUGUUAACAGAUAUCAAUCAAUUAGUGUUACUUUAUAUCAAUUUUCUGAAAAUCUAGAAUCAGAACUACCAAUGACAAGUACUGAAUACACAUAUUUAUCUAAUUUACCCACCUAACCCUGAAAUGGAAUAAUAUCAAAAUUUGGAAUUUUAACCCAAAUCAAAAUUGAAACUUUUGAUAAAAUAUACCUGACAUCUGUACAGCGUCACACAAACUUUGAGUCAGUCAUACUUUAGGGUCAUCAUUGUGAUAUUAUGCAUUAAAUUUUGUAACUUGCAUUUGACAAAUGAUUCCUGGACCUAAGUUAUAAAAGUAAGCAUGAUUUUUAUGUGAAACGUUAGUCGUGUAGUGUUAAAUCCUGUAUUAGAAUGUUUGAUAAAUUGUCACUGGUUUUCUUUACCCUAUUGGUAAGUGCACCACGUCCCUCCGUAUGUAGAUGUAUAUUGACCUAUACAUACAAAAUAGUUCAGGAUUCUCAGGUCAAAGGUGAACAUGUCUCCAGAACAGGCAACAGCAACAUGUUACAGCCUCUUUGUAAUGGUUCUGUGUAUCAUGAGAUCAAUAGUGUUAUAUUAGAUGUGUGUGUGGAAGUAGGUGAGCAUGUCUGGUGUACUGUGUGAAAUACUGGAAUAAUGAGAGGGGAGGUUUCUAAAGAGGUUAGUAUGAUAAUAAUUGAUGAUGGCCGCGUAAUGGUAGAAUACUAGUAGCGUGUUUAGGUACAUGAAUGCAUUCAAAGACAUUGAAGACAUGUUUGGAUGUCAGGAGUGGUGCAUUGACACACCAGGUAUGUGCUAUACCUACAAAUGUGUGUCUACAGGAGUGGUGCAUUGAUACACAAGGUAUGUGCUAUACCUACAAAUGUGUGUCUACAAGUGCUUAAUAUAUAUUAUGAUAAUUAGGUAAUGAUAGGGAACAUGAACAGAUGGAAAUAAAGUUUAUCUAAAGAGUAUGAAACACAUACCUGGGAAUAAGCUGCUCAUUUGUUGUGGUUGGCUGUAUGUGGACAAACUGUCUGUUACAAUGUAGGAAACGAGCUAAAAGACUGCCAGUAACAAGUAUUGGACACCUCAAAUACAUCUAAAAUGAAACUCAUCAGCGCCUGUUUAAGUUUGACCAUAUUUCAUAACUUUAAGGUAAAAAACAGUUAAAAUCCAGUAGAAGUGCUUUGUUGAAACAGCUAGGUCAAAGAGUUGUAUUUUGAAUUUUCCACACAUUUUAAAUGUAUUGAUAAUAUGUCCACCAAAUCUUUUGAGUGAGACUGGUUCGAGGGAUGUGUGGGAGGAUGACAAACAGUAAGAGUGGGUCAGAUCAGUGAGAUGGGAGGUACUGCUAGAAGUUGAGAAGCUCAAUAAAAUAAAAGGUGAUGAUCUAGGGGGAUGGGAGGAUAAAUAAGGGGAGGUAAUGUAGAGGAGAGGUUUAACAAGGGCAGUAACAUAGGGGGAGCAUAAUUAAAGUAGCCUUAAAAUCUUAUAUUUUUACAAUAUUCCAAUUCUGUACAUAAAUAUAUAAAAUAACAGUACUACCAUAUUGUAAAUAAUCAUAACAUAGUAUAAGUCUAGUCACUGUGGUAAAAUCAUUGUGUUCCCUGAAUUAAGAGCCAAAGUUUUAGAAUGGGAUUUUUGAAUUUGUUGUUUUGAAAAUAUGAAGGAUUAAUUAUUUGGCUGCACAUGACUGUUUGGUGUAUACAUCUAUAGUGUUGGUAUAGUACAUGUUUACAUAAUAAGUUGGGGUAAUACUUUAAUCUGGAAGCAGACACUUGUUUAGUGUUGAUGUGUGACGUGUUAUUUAUUGCUUUGUGUGUGUGUGUGUUACGUACAUCAGAGCUGUGUAUCUGAGUGUUUCAUCAUUAUAUUUGGAUAUCACCAUGUAUCACAGGAUGUUGCUUUCUAAACAACAUUUAUUUAAACUUUGGUCCUAGCUGAGUGUGUAUGUACUACUGGUAAAUUGAUAGUUUCCUUUACGUCUGGUAUCUUAGAAUGGUAACUUAUUUUAGGCAAUGACACAACAGAUGACAUUAAUAUGACAUCCUAAACAAGAAUUCAGUUACUUCAAAAAUGUUACAAACUACAAACGUAUCAAUAAUGUAAGUACUGUUAAUAUAAUUGGAAAUCAUGUCUUGAUUGUUCAUUACAUUAAAGUUUAAACGUUUGCUUUGCUACAUUUUACUAUUCAAAUUACAUAUACUUAAACAGAAAUAGGUCCUGAUGCUGGUGUCAAUUAAACCAUGUAUCUCUAACUGAACUGUUGUUACACUGAGAUCAGUGUUAAGGUAUUAAAUAUGACAAUGUAGAAAGGACGUCAUUGUUAGGAGUACAGCAGGCAGUUGAUACAGUUUGUAAGGAAUGAUUUAAUAUUAAGUUUUAUUCAUUACAGUGUUAACUGUUGUGAAAGAUUACUCCAAUGUCUGGUAGCUGUAACUUUUAAUGUCUACAAAUUUUGAAAUAUUUAAAAGAAAAUAAAGAAAAAAUAUCAGAAAAAAAUGUUUUCUUCUCAAAGAACUUAAAAUUUGGAAUAUUUCAUUUCCAAAUUUUACUAUUGUUGUAAUGAAUUUCCCAAUCUUAGGGUAUGAAUAGCUACAAAAAUGUUCUGUCGUGCAAAAUCCUCUAUAUUUUAUGUUGUAUUGGGCCAUUUUUCGGAUCUUCUUACUGUUUGUUGUAUAGCUGUGACGUAUGAGAGGGACACCGUGUUAAUGUGGAGCAGUAUGUACAGAGGAUUUUCAUUUGUAUCAGAAAUAAACUUUUUUACAACAUUUUA